CCAACCUUCCCUACGUCCGGCCGAACCCCACAUUUCCAGGGAAACAUAUUAGCAUACCGUCCAAGCGUGGGCACUGCUUAUAACGGGACGACCGGCGGUGAAAGGGCCACUCGAGAAAACAUGGCGAUAGGUCGCGCCGCGGCGCUCUCAACUCUGCUGAUCUUCGCCGCUGUCCUGUCAACUGAGGGAUGUGGCGUUGCAGUGAACAAGAAUCAGGAAGCCAGCAGUAGAGAAAUCCACAGAGUACGCCGAGAAGCUCCAGAAACGAUCGUUGACGAUGUAAAAGCUGUGAACGAAGAUCUUCCACAUGAGGCCAGGAAGCUCCUGUGGCACUCCGAGGACAUUAAUGAUCGGGACGGGAAUAAAAAAUCCCGGACCAAACGUGACCUGUCGUGGCCGAGCAGCAGCCUGGGCACCUGGUCCGACCUGCUGAGCGGCCUGACAGCCGAGGCCGAGGCCGAACCCACCGCCGGGGAUGUGCUGUCCCAGGUUCAAGCCGAGGCAGAGCCCAGUUUGGAUGAUCUCCUCUCUCAGGCUCAGGCUCAGGUGCAAGCGGAACCCAGCAUAGAUGAGUUCCUUGAGCAAAGUCAGAGUCAGAGCCAGGGUCAGAGCCAGAGCGAGUUUCAGGGCAUCAGCCAGGAUAUCCAGAUUGUCAACGGCACCAUAGUGUACUGUCAGCAGGACUGUGAGAACGGUGGUGUGUGCACCGGACUGAACGUGUGCAGAUGUGCACCAGGCUGGACUGGAACAUACUGCACAGACCACAUGUGUACGCAGACCUGCGUUCACGGCUCGUGCUCCGGCCCUAACACCUGCUUGUGCGAUGAAGGAUACCAGGGGGAAACAUGUGAACAGGCCAUCUGCAACCCAGUCUGUGCUAACGGAGGAGUGUGUACGGCUCCGAACGAGUGUCAGUGUGAGGAAGGGUACGAGGGCGAUCAGUGUCAGACAGCCAUCUGUCACUCUACCUGCGAGAAUGGCGGCUACUGCUCCAGGCCGGACUUCUGUACCUGUCAGAUCGGAUACGCCGGACAACAGUGCGAAACACCGGUGUGCGACCCCAGCUGCCUGCACGGAGGAGCGUGUUCUGCCCCGGACACCUGCACCUGUCAGGCGGGAUGGGAAGGACCGAUCUGUCAGACACCUAUCUGCACACUGGAAUGUCAGAAUGGAGGUGUUUGUACCGAGCCUGGCCGCUGCUCCUGCCCCAGCAGCUUUGGUGGACCACAGUGCCAGUAUGACCUGUACCAAGAUGACGGGAUUACUCAAGUACAAACAACCCCAGCACCAGACCACAGCGGACGGUUCUGCGGUGCAUUUGGACAUCAGCACUAUUUCACAUUUGAUGGACAUUUUUACACCUUCCCUGGUACCUGCCAGUACCUGUUGUCUGGGGACUGUCUGCAGGCUACGUUCCAGGUGUUUGUCCGAAAUGACCCCAACUGCACCACCUCAUCCCUGCUGUGUCAUCGUGAGGUCAGAGUUCACAUGAUGGGCCUGUCACAUGACCUGAUCCUUCACCAGGGGCACAACUACGAGGUCACCAAGGGCGAUGUGACUUUGUCUCUGCCCAACUCUGAAGAAGGUGUGAAGGUGGAGAAAGUUGGAGACUAUGUCCGUGUCAUCCUCAUGCCUGAGUUUGAUGGAAAGCUGGUGAGGGUUGCUGUUUACUGGGACGGUGUGACAAGUGUGUAUGUGGAGGUUGAUGAGGACUUUGCAGGAAAUCUUUGUGGUCUCUGUGGCAACUUCAAUGGAAAUUCAUCAGAUGAAUACAGACUCAGAGAUGGCACUGCCAGCAGCAGCAGAAUCACAUUUGCAAACAGCUGGAAGAUGACAGAUGCAGAGGAGCACUGCCCCAAUGUGCAUGUGAACACUCCUAACAGCUGUGCAUCAGCUACACAACAGCAGCUUCAGGAAAUUUGGGGAAUUUGCAAUGUGCUGAUAGGGAAUGCAGCUUUUGCCCCCUGUCAUGCAGUGGUAGAUCCUAACCCCUACCUUGAUGCCUGUGUCACAGACCUAUGUAACUGUGACUAUGCAGUCAGGGGUGACUGCCAGUGUGAGGCCCUGACCCAGUAUUCCCGUGCCUGUGCUCACAGGCGGAUAGUGUUGGACUGGAGGCAGCCUGAACUGUGUUACCGUGGUUGCCCUGCCACCAUGGUGUACACAGAGUGUGCCAGCUCCUGCCCUCGAACAUGCAGAAAUCCCACCGGUGACCACGACUGUGACGACCACUGUGUGGAUGGCUGCUCGUGCCCUGAAGGGUCACUGUGGGAUGAGGGUUCCCUGCAGUGUGUUGUGGAACAAGAGUGUCCCUGUACCCAUCUGGGUAUGGAGUACGCACCUGGAUCAAACUAUCUUGAUGACUGCAACAAAUACUAUUGCCUCGCUGGCCGCUGGAUCGGGACAAACUUGGAGUGUAACGCCACCUGCAGUAUCCAUGGUGACCCACACAUCACCACGUUUGACAAGCGGUACUACCAGUUUGCCGGAGUCUGUCAGUACAUUGUGGCAAAGGACUUUGUUAACCAGCAGUUCACCCUGCUGGCUGACCAGCAACCAUGUGGCGAUGAUGACAGCAGCUCCUGUAUCAGGUCCGUGACGCUGAUUGUUGGGGGAAACACAGCUGGCAAGAUCAAGCUUCACCAGCACGGUGUCCUGUCCGUGGGCCACAGCGACGUCCACUUACAGCUGCCCUAUCACAACGAUGAUGUGAGUGUUCGUCGUCUGUCAUCUGUGUUUGUGGAGGUGACAACCAGCUUUGGGCUGACAUUGCAGUGGGAUGGAAGAGGUCGUCUCUACACCACUGUUACUCCAGCGCUCAAGGGGCAUACUAAAGGCCUGUGUGGUACUUUCAACGACAAGCAAAAUGACGACUUCACCACACGCAGUGGUGUCAUCGUUGCGAAUGUUGCGGAGUUUGGAAAUUCCUGGAAGGUGUCUGCUGAUUGUGAGGACCAGCCUGUGGUGACCUCUGACCUACAGCUGGGACCAUGUGCUAUCAACACACAGAGAGCGGAAUAUGCUCGGCAGCACUGUGGCCUGAUGAGUGGGGGCAGUUUUGAGGCGUGUAACCGCCUGUUGGAACCAGCGACCUAUAUAACGGCCUGCGAGUACGACGUGUGCCAGUGUCAGGAUGGAGAUGAGUGCCUGUGUUCGGCCAUCGCCCACUAUGCCAGGGAGUGUGCAAAGCUGGGAGCUGUGGUCAACUGGAGAACAGAGGGAACCUGUGUUGAGGAGUGUCCCCAGGUGGGGCAGGUGUGGCAGGAAUGCAGCUCUGCCUGUAGGUCCAGCUGUCGGUACCUGUCAGAGCCAGACUCCGGCUGCACGGAGGACUGCGUGGCUGGCUGCAACUGUCCACCUGGUCUGUACCAGUCCGAGAGUGGGGCCUGCGUUCCUCAGGAGGAGUGCCAGUGCUUCUACCAAGGGGAGGUGUAUCAGACACAGACUUCCACUGUGCUGGGCAACCUCAUAUGCUUCUGUGAGGACGGCAUAAUGAACUGUCAGGAGCGUGUGAUCAUGUCAAGUGAGUACAACUGUACUUCUGGGAUGGAGUACUUCGACUGUGAGGGAGCAGCUGCUGGGCAGAUGGGCAAGGCCUGUGAAGAGACAUGUGGAAACAUCGGCAUGGAAUGUCUGGCCGAGCAGUGUGUGUCAGGGUGCCAGUGUCCCCAUGGACUUGUACGGGAUGGGAGUGAGUGUGUCUUGCCAGAGGAGUGUCGCUGUGAGCACAAUGGACAAAUGUAUGAUCCAGGCCAGACCAUCAGCGUGGACUGCAACUCCUGCACCUGUAGCCAAGGUGUCUGGUCUUGCACCACCAAAGAAUGUGCAGCUCAGUGCAGCAUGUUUGGAAACUCCCACUACACCACCUUUGAUGGUCACAGCUACGAGUUUGAAGGAACCUGCAAGUACAUCAUUGCCCAGGAUUAUUGCUACAACCAGACUGGAAGCUUCCGUAUCCAUGCAGAGAAGACGGCCUGUAAUGGUCUGUCAGGUAACGUGUGCGCCCGUACAGUCACAGUUACCCUCCAGCAGCUACAGAUCCACCUCGAGCAUGGGAAGGAUGUCCAUGUUGGACCCAUCCCGGGGUCAGAGGUCGCCUAUACAUCCUACAAGUUCAACAUCUACAGAAGUGGAUUCUUCACCAUUAUCAAGGUGGAGAAUGGUAUAGACCUGUACUGGGACAAUGCCACACGUCUCUACAUCAAGGUGUGGCCCAACCACCGCGGCCGUGUGUGCGGCAUGUGUGGAAACUUUGAUGGAAACCAGAUAAAUGACUUCAACACGCCUGAGUUGGACAGAGCCACCACAGUUCAGGACUUUGCUAACAGCUGGAAGGUGUCCAGUUCCUGUCCUGAUGUUGAGGCUCCACUAUCUGACUACUGUGCGCUGCAUCCUCACCGUGAAGCCUGGGCCCGUCGGCAGUGUAACAUCAUCCUAUCUGACACCUUCAGCCCCUGCCACUACAAGGUUGACCCUGAGCCGUACUACCAGGCAUGUGUGCAGGACUCCUGCAGCUGUGACAGUGGGGGAGACUGUGAGUGUUUCUGUACAGCAGUGGCUGCGUAUGGAGACAUGUGUAACACUCAGGACGUCCACAUCAGGUGGAGGACACACGAACUCUGUCCCACCCAGUGUGAAGACUAUAACUGGGACCCAGAGAAGUGUGAGUGGCACUAUGAUCCUUGUGGAACAUCCUGUCCAGCAACCUGUGAGGACCCCCAUCCAUCCAGCUGUGAUCUGCAGUGUAUGGAGGGAUGCCAUCCUAAAUGCCCAAAUGGAACAGUCCUGUACAACGGCAAGUGUAUCCCACCCAUGGACUGCCCAGUCACAACAACUACACCACUGCCAACCACUACAGCCUUCAUUCCAACAACUGUGUCAACCACACUGCUGCCGACAACAACAGAGUCAAUCGCAACAACUACUUUGGAAGUCACAACAGCAUCAGAGACCACGCCAAUGCCCACCACCACCAGGGGUGAAGGUGGAGGGAAGACCACUACAGCUGCCCCAACUACAGAGGUUACUCCAACAGGGUCCCCAUCUCCUCCAGUCCAAACCACCACAGAAGCCACAACAAUACAGAGUACAACUACAUUCUCCACAACCACUCCUGAGGUGACCACGCCUUGUGAGCACGCUGAAGUCUGCUAUUGGACCAGCUGGAUCAACUCAGAUCUUCCUAGGGUACAGAGGACAGCAGACAAUGAGACACUUGCACAUCUCCUGCAAGCUGGGAGUAACAUCUGCAUGCAUCCAAGCAUGAUCGAGUGCCGCACCUCCUCGCACAACCCUGACAACUUGCGGCUCAUUCCCGUGGAGCAAGUCGACCAGGAGGUAACCUGUGAUGUGGACCAAGGCUUCCUCUGUCUUGCAGAACUACAGGAAAAUCCUUUCUGCCUUGAUUAUGAGGUCCGCUUGUACUGCUGUUCUUGUGGAGGCACUGUACCACCUAUUACCACAACAAGCCAGCCCACCACUACAGAAUCUACCACUAGUACUGUUUCUACAACAACCCAGUCAACCACCACAGAAUCCACCACUAUUUCCACAACCCAGCCCACCACUACAGAAACUACCACAACAAUAGUUUCUACCACCCCAUGUGAACAUGUCCAAGAGAUGUGUGAAUGGAAAGAGUGGAUGAACAAGGAAUAUCCCAAUCCUAACAGUCCUAGCCAGAAUGAGACCUAUGCCAACUUGAGGGACACCUAUGACUUCUGUGACACACCUAUGGACAUACAGUGUAGCAUCAGUGGAAUGCCAAUGAAUACCCCAUUUGAGUCCAUGGCUCAACAAGGUGUUAUCUGUGAUAUAAACAGUGGACUGUACUGUGAUGCAAGCCAGAUUCCUGGCUUCUUUGGAGUUUGCUAUGACUAUGAAAUCCGUGUGAAAUGCUGCUGGGAAGAAUGUGUCACACCUACUUCCACAGAGUACCCGCCCACUACUACAGAAUCCACCACUGUUUCCACAACAACCGAGCCUACCACUACAGAAUCCACCACUAGUACUGUUUCCACAACAACCCAGCCCACCACUACAGAAUCCAUUGUUACCACAACCCCGUGUGAACAUGUGGAGGAGAUGUGUGAAUGGUCAGACUGGAUGAACAAAGAUGAGCCCAGUGAUGGUAACCCUAACCAGAAUGAGACCUAUGACAACCUUAGGGACAUCUAUGAAUUCUGUGAGGAACCCAUGGACAUUGAGUGCUCAGUUGCAGGGAUGGAAGGUACUCAGAUGUCCCUUCCAGAGGGUGUGAGCUGUGACCAGGCCACUGGUCUGGUCUGUUAUGCCAGCCAGCUUCCUGGCAAGGGUCAAGUAUGUGAGGACUAUCAGAUCAGGGUGAAAUGUUGUAGUGAAAAGUGUGUUACACCUGUUCCUACAACAACAAGACCAACCACCACACCAACUACAACAGUUUCUACAACAACCCAGCCGACUACCACAGAGACAACAACAGUUUCUACAACUCAGCCCACCACUACAGAAACAACUACUGUUUCCACAACAACCCAGCCUACUACCACAGAGACAACUUCAAGUACAACAGUUAUGACUCCAACUGGUUCUCCAUCACCAACCCAACCACCCACUACAGAAUCCACCACUGUUUCCACGACAAGCCAGCCCACCACUACAGAAUCCACCACUAGUACUGUUUCCACAACAACCCAGCCCACCACUACAGAAUCCAUUGUUACCACAACCCCAUGUGAACAUGUGGAGGAGAUGUGUGAAUGGUCAGACUGGAUGAACAAAGAUGAGCCCAGUGGUGGUAACCCUAACCAGAAUGAGACCUAUGACAACCUUAGGGACACCUAUGAAUUCUGUGAGGCACCCAUGGACAUUGAGUGCUCAGUUGCAGGGAUGGAAGGUACUCAGAUGUCCCUUCCAGAGGGUGUGAGCUGUGACCAGGCCACUGGUCUGGUCUGUUAUGCCAGCCAGCUUCCUGGCAAGGGUCAAGUUUGUGAGGACUAUCAGAUCAGGGUGAAAUGUUGUAGUGAAAAGUGUGUUACACCUGUUCCUACAACAACAAGACCAACCACCACACCAACUACAACAGUUUCUACAACAACCCAGCCAACCACGACAGAGACAACAACAGUUUCUACAACAACCCAACCGACUACAACAGAAACCACUACUGUUUCCACAACAGCCCAGCCUACAACCACAGAGACAACUUCAAGUACAACGGUUAUGACUCCAACUGGUUCUCCAUCACCAACCCAACCACCCACUACAGAAUCCACCACUGUUUCCACGACAAGCCAGCCCACCACUACAGAAUCCACCACUAGUACUGUUUCUACAACAACCCAGCCCACCACUACAGAAUCCACCACUGUUUCCACCGGGUACCAGCCAACUACUACAGAGUCCACCACUGUUUCCACGACAACCCAGCCCACCACCACAGAAUCCACCACUGUUUCCACGACAAUCAUUACCACAACCCCAUGUGAGCAUGUGGAGGAGAUGUGUGAAUGGUCAGACUGGAUGAACAAAGAUGAGCCCAGUGGCGGUAACCCUAACCAGAAUGAGACCUAUGACAACCUUAGGGACACCUAUGAAUUCUGUGAGGCACCCAUGGACAUUGAGUGCUCAGUUGCAGGGAUGGAAGGUACUCAGAUGUCCCUUCCAGAGGGUGUGAGCUGUGACCAGGCCACUGGUCUGGUCUGUUAUGCCAGCCAGCUUCCUGGCAAGGGUCAAGUUUGUGAGGACUAUCAGAUCAGGGUGAAAUGUUGUAGUGAAAAGUGUGUUACACCUGUUCCUACAACAACAAGACCAACCACCACACCAACUACAACAGUUUCUACAACAACCCAGCCAACCACGACAGAGACAACAACAGUUUCUACAACAACCCAGCCAACCACAACAGAGGCAACCACUUCUAUAACAACUGAAGGUACCACCUCCAUCGCUACACCUACAGGGUCCCCAUCACCACAUCAAACAACCACUAUUUCCACAACCCCCAUCACAACCAGCACGCAUUCCACAACCCAGCCACCCACAACUACAGCUUACCGACCCACAACAACUAAGAUGACAACUACUCAGCCGACAACAACCAGGACAGAAACAACACACCCAACAACAACUGAGGAAUACACAACACCACCAGUUCCUACAACAACUGAGAUGCAAACAACACAGCCUACAACAACUAUGCAAACAACACAGCCUACAACAACUAAACUGGAAACCACCCCAACGUCCUGUGGGUACGUUUGCAACUGGACAGACUGGAUGAACUCCUACAAUCCCAGCACAGAUAUGGAGAUGAAUGAUGUGGAGACAUUGGAGAACCUUCACAGUAGAUUCAGCUUCUGUGAAACACCAAUGGGCAUCGAGUGCCGAUUGGCUGAAAACCCCAGCCUGGACUUCAUUGAUCAUCAUCAGAAUGGGGUGACAUGCGAGGUGGACUCAGGCCUGUACUGUAACUCCAGCUUGACUAAUAUGAGGGCCUGCAUGGACUAUGAAGUGAGGUUCCAGUGUUGCCAUGUGCCUGACUCAUGUAAAACAACCACCACCAUGACAACAGGACCAACAACAACAACAGGCCCAACUACCACAGUCACAACAGAGAAACCACCACCAACAACUGCAACCACCACAGUCACAACUGAGAAACCAACGACGACAAUUGCAACCACCACAAUGACAACAGAGAAACUAACAACAGCCCCAACCACCACAGUAUCCACAACCACAGAGGGCACCACAACUGUGGAGACUACCACUGAGUACUGCCAGGAGACAUGUGUUUGGUCAGAGUGGAUGAACUCAGACUACCCUGGCGUUGGUGUCCCCAAUGACAAUGAGACCUUUGCCCAUCUGCGGGAAAGUUCCCUGGAGUUCUGUGAGGAGCCAGAUGACAUAGAAUGCCGUCUGGAUAUGACACCAAAUGUAGACUUCAAUCGUGCCAAGCAAAGUGGAGUGGAGUGUGAUGUCAGCUCAGGUCUCCUGUGCCUGUCCAAACUUCAGCCAAGGGAGGCUCCUACCUGUUAUGAUUACUCCAUACGAGUGAAGUGCUGUUCUCUGCCAGCCUACUGCACGACAACUCAGAGGACAACCACCACACCAACUACAACAAUCUCUACAACAACCCAGCCAACUACCACACAGACAACAACAGUUUCUACAACAGCCCAGCCCACCACUGCAGAAUCCACCACCGUUUCUACAAGAACCCAGCCCACUACCACAGAGACAACUUCAAGUACAACAGUUAUGACUCCAACUGGUUCUCCAUCACCAACCCAACCACCCACUACAGAAUCCACCACUGUUUCCACGACAACCCUGCCCACCACUACAGAAUCCACCACUGUUUCCACGACAGUCCAGUCAACCACCCCAACGUCCUGUGGGUACGUUUGCAACUGGACAGACUGGAUGAACUCCUACAAUCCCAGCACAGAUAUGGACCUGAAUGAUGUGGAGACAUUGGAGAACCUUCACAGUAGAUUCAGCUUCUGUGAAACACCAAUGGGCAUCGAGUGCCGAUUGGCUGAAAACCCCAGCCUGGACUUCAUUGAUCAUCAUCAGAAUGGGGUGACAUGUGAGGUGGACUCAGGCCUGUACUGUAACUCCAGCUUGACUAAUAUGAGGGCCUGCAUGGACUAUGAAGUGAGGUUCCAGUGCUGCCAUGUACCUGACUCAUGUAAAACAACCACCACCAUGACAACAGAGGUACCAACAACAACCACAGUGACAACGAAGAGACCAACAACAACAAUCAAUACAGAAUCCACCACUGUUUCCAUGACAACCCAGCCCACCACUACAGAAUCCACCACAGUUUCCACGACAACCCAGCCCACCACCACAGAGUCCACUACUGUUUCUACAACAGCCCUACCUACUACUACAGCCUUCCUGCCACCAAGUACUACCGAGUGUCCAGAUGUCUGUAUUGAUGGGUCUGGUCUAACAAGACAGGUUGGUGACACUUGGUUUGAGGCAGGGGACCAGUGCCAGCGAGCGUUGUACCUGUGCCGUCCAUGUGGCGUGAUUUCCAUUAAUCGCAAAGUUUGUGAUGUGGUUGAGCCACCAAGCUGUGCCAAUGGUCUGCAGCCCAUCGAUGUGGGGGUGUGCUGUCCAGAGUACCAAUGUCCAUGUGAGUGCAAGGGAUACGGUGACCCCCACUACUUCUCUUUCGACGGAGAGUACUUCUACUUCCAGGGAGAGGGCGAGUUCAUUCUGGCUAGGGACACCCACGUUCCACAUGACUUUGAGGUCAGGGGUUUCAAUGUUCAGUGCACUGUUGCACCCAUCACCACCUGCACCAAGGAGAUCAAGGUCAUCUACAAGGGACAUACUAUAGAGCUGAAGACUGGACAUCAGGUGCUUGUGAAUGGAACAUCGUGGACUCCACCCUUCAAGUUAGAUGGAUGCAAGGUGACUACCAUGGGCUUCCCACUCAAGCUGGAGAUCCAGUCCCUGGAUGUGACGGUAGUGUAUGACUUCCUGAGCAGUGGCUUCUACAUCAGUGUGCCUCCAACCAUGUAUGCAGGCAAGACUGAGGGACUGUGUGGUCCUUGUAAUAACAACAAAACGGACGACUGCCAGGAUAGGGAGGGGACCAUCAUGAAUGACUACAACAACUGCUCCUGUGACUGGAAGGUGGAUAAUCCCGACAGCCCAUCCAACAGCUGCAUUCCUGAACCCAAGCCCACUGCCACCCCCUCAACACCCUGUGACCAGUCCCCUUGUGAUAUCAUCACAGACCCAGAAGGCCCAUUUGGUGCAUGCCAUGACGUUGUGGACUACGAGUUCUUCCUCCAGUCCUGUCAGUAUGACAGGGGAGCCUGUUACAGCGAGUGUCAGGCCCUGGGAGCGUAUGCCUACGUGUGCCAGCGUAUGGGUGUCUGUGUGGACUGGAGGGGGAAGGGCAACAACUGCUCUUUUGAAUGUGAGGCAGGGUUGGUGUACAAGGCCUGCAGCUGUGUGAAGACUUGUGAAAACAUGGAUGUCUUUAACGCCUCGCAGUGUGCCUUGGCAUACAUGGAGACAGAAGGGUGCUUCUGUCCUGAUGACAUGGUCCUCCAUGAGACCUCUGAACAGUGCAUUGAAGGCGAUACAUGCAAUGGCUGUGAGGAUGCGAAUGGCAUGCCUCUUGCCAUUGGUGACACUUGGAUCCCUUACAAUGACAGCUGCCAGGAGUGCACAUGUACAGGACACAAGAAGACUGAGUGCUACCCCAGGGCCUGCCCUACCUACCGACCACCCAAGUGUGGUGUGUGCGAGUCUCAGAGGGUGGUGGAGGGAUCUGACUCCUGCUGCCCUGAAUACGAGUGUGUGUGUGAUCUGAACCGUGCAGACUGCCCGGAGGUCGUCAUCCCCCAGUGUGAGUACCAGUACCAGUACGUCCACCACACCAACCCCGGGGAGUGCGUUCCUGAGUACGAGUGUCGCUGCAACUCUUCAAAGUGUCCUGCUGCACCACAGUGUGAACCUCCCAAAGUCCUGGACAUGUUGGAAGGAGAGUGCUGUCUGGAGUACGAGUGUGUGUGUGAUGCCUGUCCAACAGCACCCACUCCAUACUGUCCUCCUGGGGAGGGUUAUGUCCUUGUGAGCAGCGAGGAUAUCUGCAGCUGUGUAACACAUUCAUGCGAGUGCCGCAAUGACACCUGUGCCCAGCAGCCCGAAUGUGACGACAACAAAGACCUGGUUACUACGGAAACAGGCUGCUGCCCACACUACAAUUGUACCUGUAACACAUGCCCUACACAUGGUCCAGUAAUCAACUGUGAUUAUGCUGAGGGUUAUGUCCUUGUGAGCAGCCAGGAUGACUGUGGGUGUGUGACCGAGUCCUGCGAGUGUCGUGAGGACAGUUGCUCACCUGAGCCUGAAUGUCCGGACAACAAGCACGUGGUUACCAUGGAAACCGGCUGCUGCCCUCACUACAACUGCAGCUGUAACACCUGUCCACCCAGCCCUACACCAGGUUCAGACUGUCCAUAUGGAGAGAUGCCAGGCUAUGUGAUCCAUGAGACUGUGGAUGACUGCGGCUGUGUGAACAGCAGCUGCACCUGUGACCGCAGCAGGUGUCCUGCACCCCCUACCUGCGAUGACAACAAGAACCUGGUUGCCCUUUACACUCCAUGCUGCCAGAAUUACACCUGUGAGUGUAAGGAGUGUCCUGUAGACGACACAAGCUGUGGCAUUGGUGAGACUCAGACAACCAUUAUUGAUGACUGUUGUCGCCACACCAACUGCACCCCUGAGCCAGUCUGUGUGUACCAGAACACCACUCAUCAGCCUGGUACCAGCUGGACUGAUGCCAAUGAUAACUGUAUCCAGUGUCAGUGUCUGGAGGAGAUCGAUCCAGCAACAGGGUUCCACAGGGUCUCCUGCAGUGACGAGUCCUCACAGUGUGAAGUGAACUGCCCAGCAUGCCACACCUAUCAAGAGCGCAGUGGAGAAUGCUGUGGAGAAUGCGUCAAGACAUCUUGCUGUGUCAUGGAUGAAACUGAAACUCUUGUGGAGCAUCCAGCUGGCUCUAAUUGGACCUCCCCUGGAGACAGCUGCUCCCGAUGUCACUGUUUGGAGGCAGGGGAACACGGACAGGUGGUGGAAUAUUGUUCCACACUCCUGUGUCCGGAACCCCCAACCUGCUCGAGUGAUGAAGUCAUGAAAAACACAUCAUCUGCUGAUGGCUGCUGCACAAUCUAUGAGUGUGUGCCACCGGGCCAGGCUUCAUGCAGCUUGUUCACCAAACAGGACUACCUCCGUGUGGACGACUGUGUAAGUCUGCAACCUGUCAAUGUCACGUGGUGUGAGGGACGCUGUGGCUCCAGCUCCAUGUAUGAAGGUGUGGACCUGAAGCACACCUGCGAGUGUUGCCACGAGGUGUCCAUGUCAGAGGUCUCCGUGCCGAUGGAAUGUGAGGGCACCACAACCUCCUCCAUGUCCUACGCCUACCGCCAGAUCACGGCCUGUGACUGCGACACCACAGAGUGUGAGGUGCCGACUGCCCAGCCCUAGUCUAAAGCACAUCGACUGUACCAUGGGACCAACAUGUCAUGGCUGCAGACUCGUCAUGUGAUUAUCUCAUGGCAGUCACAUGAUCAUUCUGUAGCUUGGAUUGAAGAGAUUGAUAUCGGAAGGAUACCAUAAGAUUUAGAUGCAAAAUUACUUUACUUUGCUGAAAAGAUGUUAGAUGCAAUAACAGUCAGAAGAAAUUAAGAGUAGGCAAGAAAAGUGUUCAUUUUCGCAAGAUUUUAGGUCAUACUGUGAUACCAAGUUAGGUAAUUCAGCAAAGUCAAAGUGGUUUAGCAGAGAGCAUUUCAGCGGAACUAUGCAAUAUUGUCUCCUGUGACUCUGUGUGAGGGGAUGUCAUUGGCAUGGGAAGAUCCAAGGAUAUGAGGGGACGGCUCAUUUAUUGGGCUGUACUGUUAGGUAAAAGGUACAUUCAACAUGGGGCACUACCUCCCACAGAGUCACUUGUCUUGUAGAGCUGUACUAUCUCCUUUAAUUUCUGAACAUUUUUAUAAUUCUAGAGUGAUAAAUGGAUUACUGCUAUUUUUAUCUUAUAGUGCUAUAUUAUACAGGAAGAUAAUUAUCCACAGGAGACAUCUAGUGAGGGACAUCUAGUGAACAAGGAAAAUAGUAUUUUUAUUGAUGAUUGUUAAGUUAGGCCUGUCAGACAAGGCUUAGGCUGCGACUUAUCUGGCAAAUUACACGCACAUUCUCUGUAGCCUUCUGACUAUACAGGGCUCGAAAUACUUUUUUCUGCAUACCUGCACUGGUGCAGAUAACAUUGAAAAUUACCUGCACCAGACAAAUUUUACCUGCACCACUAUGAAUUUAGGAAGUAUGGAUCAUACUAAAAUUGUUCAGGAACUAUAGCUAUUUUUUCUGUUAUACUUUAUAAGUGGUAACAGUCAAUGCAGCUAAUAACAAUCCAGAUAUACCUACAUCAUACUAUUCAUAGGACAUUUAUGUAUAAAACCCAGUACAUGGACCAGUGCAGGUUAGGUGCAGGUAGACACCAGAAAUACCUGCACAGAUCCAAUUUUACCUGCACUAAGGUGCAUAUGCAGGUGGUAUUUCGAGCCCUGCUAUAAGUCAUGACUUGACCACCAGUACAGUUGCCAUCAGUGUAACCAAGAAUAAAAUGUAGUUUUGAAUGUUCCUCCGCAACACUGUACAAGAUUCCAUUUUUGGCAAAAAAACUAUGUAUUUGUCAUGGACAGUUAGAUGGUGUGAGACAAUAGUUGAAGGUGGCCUUUUAAAGCUUAUCGAACAACAAAGAAUAUCUUUUUGUGUACCUCACCGGUGUAACCGGAUGUACAAUGUAUGUAUGUGUUUGUGUUCACUAAAGAGUGUUUUGUUCUCAAUCCUAAAUUGCAGAAAAGUUGACACGUUAUCUGGUGUCUGUAUUAUCACACCAAUGUUCUAACACAUGCAUAAUCACUGUUAAGUUUAAAUGAGUCUUAAAAUGUCACCUUUCAAGCUUCUCUGGAUAGCAGUAAAAUCUUGCAGUAAUUGACAGCUAUUAAAGAAAGAUGUAGUAGAAUAAUGUUUGUACAUGUAAUUGUUAAACUUCUUUUGGGAACACAUUUUGUAGGAAUGUUAUUUGCACUUCACUCAAAUAUUCUUUGCUGUGAGAGCAAUAAAUAACAGCAAAUGCAAUAUCCAGAAAUUUGGGGACCAUAUUAAAGCCAGUGUAGAUUUUAACAGAGGGGGGAUUCUAUGUUCCAAGCUUACCAUGCACCAUCAAUGUACACAAGAGUUCAUACCCUAACUGACUGCAUCAGAAAAGUUUUUAUUCCUGUAUUUACCCCAGAUGAUGUGGCUGUCGUGUGCAAUCUUAAGUACCAAAGAAACUGAUUUCUUCUCACCACUAAGGUUUCUGUGAAUUGUUAUAUUUCAGAUGUAUUGGGAUAAGAUCUGUGUCACAUGUUGCACAACAAUCAUGUUAAUAUCAGUUGCAAAGCACAAGAACUACAUUGUUGAAAUAGAACAAUUUACAGCACAAUGAAAACUCUGUAGUUAUCCCUUUUCAGCAUAGAAUAAAGAUCUAUCAAAGAGUUCUA